GUGUCCGCAGGCCUGAGCUGAGCGAGCAGCACCGGGGAAGAGCAAUGAAUUCAUUAGAACAAGCUGAAGACCUGAAGGCUUUUGAGAGAAGAUUGACUGAGUAUGUGUCUUGUUUGCAGCCGGCUACUGGUCGUUGGCGAAUGAUUUUGAUUGUGGUAUCUGUGUGCACGGCUACAGGAGCCUGGAACUGGCUAAUUGAUCCAGACACCCAGAAAGUUUCUUUUUUCUCGUCUUUAUGGAAUCAUCCGUUUUUCACUAUCAGCUGCGUGACUCUCAUUGGCCUCUUUUUUGCUGGAAUACACAAGCGAGUUGUUGCACCAUCUAUAAUUGCUGCACGCUGCCGGACAGUACUAGCAGAAUAUAACAUGUCCUGUGACGAUACCGGGAAACUUAUUUUGAAACCACGACCUCAUAUCCAAUAGCACAGAAGAGACAAAGAAGCAUAGUAUUUCAUAUCAACUUAUUAAUCAUCAAGAUUGCACAUAGGCCUAAAUGCCAGGAGAUCCAAAGCGUCUGGAGGUCUGUCUCCAAAUGUGACUCUAACUGCCCUCUGCAAUUUAUGAAGAAGCAACGGAAGCUCAAAAGGAAACCCCAUUUUGAACAGAACGUUGCUGAUUUUUAGAAAACAUCCUUCUUAUUCUGUUGGAAGAUUUCAAUUUUACUUGAUUGUGGAUUUUGAUGUCUUCAUUUGUAAUUCCGUGGUCCUGUUUUAGAUGCAUACGGUGUAUGUAUUUUUAAGUUAAUUGCUGAACACGAUAAUAAAUACUAAAUGUAGAUAUUUGUUCAACUUAAUCUGGUUUUUACCUAUAGGAAACGUAUAUUUAUGCCUAUGACAUGAUGUGCUGCUUUUGUUUUUUUUAAGUACUUUUAUGCAACCAAAGGCUGCACUAGUUGUUUAAGAUAAAAGGGAAACAGGCAAAUGAUAUCUUAAGUGAGUGUCAAUGUUGACUCAGAUUUUAUUUACUGUCACUUAAGAAGUAAAAAUCUACAAGAAUGUCUUUAAGUGAACUGUGUUGGCAAUAAUAAAAGUUGUUUGUUUUAUGGA